AGAAGUAGAGCUCUUCUUGUACAAGCAAGUAGAUUUCAUUUCUAGUUAGAUUCUCUUCCAGGCCACAAGACUUCCUGAGCUGCAACUCUUGCUUCAUUAGCCGAUAACGUGGGACACUGCCUGGAGGAGAUGCAGCCUCAGGGUCCGCCCGUGGUCGUGGUAACCCAGCAACCUGUGCGAGCUUUGCAGAAUUCCAACUGGCAGACCGGCAUGUGCGACUGCUUUAGCGACUGCGGAGUGUGUCUGUGUGGCACAUUUUGUUACCCGUGCCUGGGCUGUCAAGUCGCAUCUGACAUGAAUGAGUGCUGCCUUUGUGGAACCUCUGUGGCCAUGAGGACCCUCUUCCGGACCCGAUACGGCAUCCCUGGGUCUAUUUGUGAUGACUACAUGGUGACCCUCUGCUGUCCUUACUGCUCUGUUUGCCAAAUCAAGAGAGACAUCAACCGAAGGAGAGCCAUGAACGCCUUCUGAAGAGCUGGUGGUCAAGAGCUCCUACUGAAGCAGCUGAAAUCUGCAAAUAUCUUCAGCAUGGACAAUGUGCCUUUUAACAUCUGAAAUAGCAUGAAUUCACUGAACAUAGUAAUGUUGUGAAAACCAAGUUUUGAAUUAUUUUGAAUGAGAUUGUCUCUGAGUUUUGCCAAAUGGUCCAGCCUAGUUUGUUCUAGGUUUCAUAUUAUCACAUUUUCUGGCUUCAAUUUUUUAACAACAUUUAAACUAUAAACCUCUGCUUCUUGGCCUAA